GCUGUUUAUGCGGAAGACGCUCUGUAAUAUCCAUGGGUCUGAUGAAGCUAGCCGACCUUAAUUUAUUUUUCGCGUUUAUGCAUUUAUAUAAGCAAUAACUUUGUCAAAGCGAGUCAGCACACAUGGAACCUUAUAUUUAAUCUAUUGCACUAUAAUUUUAUCUGAAUUUCCACGUUUUUUCUAAGCUUUUUGCUCCAUAAACUGAUGUAAAGUCUUGGAAGUCAGGCGAUAGUGACAGCUCCAUUGCACAAGUUCUGCUGUUUUUAAGUUAUUAUGUUAUAGAUUUUUGUAUUCAAAUUACUAAAAUGAAAGUACGUUCGUCUGUGUUCGCCUCGUGGAUUUUGGUCUGUGAAGUUUCGCCGUGGCGCUGUUUUUGCGUGGGUUUUUCCCGGCUCCGGUGAAGUCUUCGUUCUCGUCAAGAGCAGGCUGUCGGACCUGCCCCCGAGCCCGUGACAGGGCGCCUAAUGAACUCCUCUGCGCCCCCUCCUGGCCCUCUGUUCAAGCGCAUGGUGCUGAUGGUGGUGGACGCGCUCAGAGAGGAUUUCCUGUUCGGUUCAAAUGGAAGGUCGUACAUGCCCUACACUCGCCACCUGGUGGAGAGGGGGUCCACGCACAGCUAUGUGGCCAAAGCACGCGCUCCAACUGUCACCAUGCCUCGGAUCAAGGCCCUGACCAGUGGCAGUGUCCCCGGUUUCAUAGACGUUGUGGUGAACCUAAACACCCAUGCUCUCCUGGAGGAUAACCUAAUGUACCAGGCCAAAGCUGCAGGUCUGAGGAUGAUGUUCUAUGGAGACGACACUUGGAUCAAACUGUUCCCAAAACACUUCACCGAAUCUGAGGGAACUACAUCCUUCUUCGUGUCUGACUACACAGAGGUAGAUAAUAACGUGACCCGACACCUGGACCAUGUUCUUAAACGGGAUGACUGGGACAUCCUGGUGCUUCAUUACUUGGGCCUGGACCAUAUCGGGCACAUCAGUGGGCCUCACAGCUCUCUUGUACCUCCAAAGCUCCUCGAGAUGGACGACGUCUUCAAGAAGAUACACAGCUCUCUCGUCUCCAAGGAGGCAGAAGGUGCGCUCCCAUAUCUGCUGGUUCUCUGUGGGGAUCAUGGGAUGUCUGAGACUGGGAGUCACGGAGGCUCUUCUGAUCCUGAGGUCAACACAGCUCUGCUCCUGGUCAGCCCCGCCUUCAAGAGAAAAGAAGGCAUGCAGCGCCCCCUGGAGGUGGAGCAGGUGGACCUUGCACCCUCUCUCGCUCUGGGUCUUGGUCUCCCUAUACCUCAGAACUCUGUGGGACGAGUCCUGACUCAAAUUCUAGAGGGAUUAAGCCUACGAGACCAACUCAGACUACUGCACCUGAACGGACACCAACUCAGCUGUCUGCUCAGAGACAGUCUGCCAGAGUAUCAGAGAGAUCCAGGCUGGGAGAUGUUCCGUGUCGCAGAGAGGGCUCAUGGGAGCUGGGUGAGCCUGUAUUUGGAGGGAAAUACCUCAGAGGUUCUUCAGAACGUGGGGCAGAAGGUUCUGAAGCAGUACCUCCAGGCUCUGGUCUCCAUGAGUGCAGCUCUGAGCAGACAGCUAGGCCGAUACGAUAUGUACUCUAUGGUGGUGGGACUCAGCCUCGUGCUGCAGCUGGUGGUAAUGUUGGUGCUGUCGAUGCCGGAGUGCCUCAGUGGAGCCGCCCUGGUGGACGUGCCUGUGUUACCCUCUCUCCUCUCUCUCCCGUUCCUCCUUCUGUGUGUGCUGAUGGGAAGUGUGCACGUGUGGGUGUGCACAUCGGCUCAUGGUGCGUGCUUCCUGUGCUCUCUGCCCUGGAGCCUGUGCUUCUGUGUGAUUGGCCUGAUGGGGGCCUUGUGCUGUGUGACCGGAGCUCUGGUAGUCAGAAGGCUGAGCCCAGGGGACAAACACAAGCCCUCCUCCUCUGGUUCCUGGUCUUUCCCGGAGCUGGAUCUCCUGCUCCUCUGUGGGACUCUAGGCCACGCCCUCCUGCUUGGCUCCUCCUCCUUCGUCGAGGAGGAGCACCAAAUAUGGUACUUCCUGCUGAACACACUGUGCCUCGCGCUGUUCCAAGAUGUCUGCCGCUGCUACUUCAGGGAGCGCCCACACUCGCUGGACUCUGAGCCCCUCCAUGAAGACCCUCUAGACCCCCUGAACUCUGUAGACCCAGCUGAGAUCAAGGCUUGGUUCGGCCCCUCGCAGAAGUCCGGGUCCAGACGUGAUGCCGGUGCUCAGAGGUGGCUAGCUUUAGCCACGCCCGCCUUCACUCUGCUCUGCUGUCGACUGCUCCGAGCGCUAAACCAAACCGGAGUUCAGUGGGCUCAUCUGCCCGACCUGGGACACUGGUUCAACAGCUCUGAGCACAAGGGGGUGCUGUCUGUGGUGGCAGCACUCUGCCUGCUCCUGAUCUACUUCCUGGUUCAGAGGCGAUGUUCACUCGUGUCUAAAGUGGCUCUGGGUUUGGGUCUAAUCGGAGUCUACAGCUACAGAGCCGCCAUUGGCAAUGUCAAGUUUCCAUGGCAACAGACGGUGCGCCAUGCUGACAAGGGCACAGUGGAGGCACGGUUCGUGUACGUCUUUGUGUUGGGCAUCCUGUUCUCUGGGACUAAAGACCUGCUGCGGUCUCAGUUUGGUCCAGCUCCCCGGCUCCGAUCUAGGGGCCUGUGGGAGGUGUACACAGGGCUUGUCCUGAUGGUGGCGUUGUUGUUCAGAGCCCAUAACCUGCCCGUGCUGUGCGGCUCUCUGCUCAUCCAAACACUCAUGGCACAGUUCGUGUGGAGCCCGCUCGGAUAUGACGCUGCACAAACCACUAUCAUGCACUACUGGUUUGGACAAGCGGCAUUCUACUACCAGGGUAACUCGAACAACAUCGGGACAGUGGACAUCUCUGUGGGCUUUGUGGGUUUGGACCGGUAUCUGGAGGGUCCAGCCGUGAUUCUGACCGCUCUGAGCACCUACGCAGGGCCUCUCCUCUGGGGGGCGCACCUGCUCUGCUACCUCAGCUACAGCAGGUCUCCGGCAGCUCUCUCUCACUCCUCCUAUACACUGGCGAUGCUUCGCUCCCUCCCCUGCUCGCUCUUCAUUGUCCUCAUCACCGCUCUGAGGUAUCAUCUGUUCAUCUGGAGCGUCUUCUCCCCAAAACUCCUCUACGAGUCUCUGCACCUGCUCCUGACCGCCUGGACAGUGCUGGUGUACAGCGUCUCCGAGACCAGAUCAGGACUCAACCAGGACUGAACCAGGUCUGAACUAGGACUAAGCCUGGACUGAACCAGGAUUGAACCAGGUCUGAACCAGGACUAAGCCUGGACUGAACCAGGAUGGAACCAGGACUGAACCAGGACUAAACCAAGACUAAACCAAACAAUUUUGAUGGACAGAUUUUAAACAAAAACUUUACAUAAUUUUGUUCAUAUUUUGCAUCUUAAAUCCUGUGGUGGUUCUGGGGAGAUUAGGUUUUUAUUCUCUUUCACCUCCUAUUUUCUGUCACUUAUAAGGUCUUGUUCAGAUAUUAAACCUUAUUUUG